UUCCUGCAAAGCUUAUCGGGUAAUUAUGUACAUAGUGUCAUGUAUCAUUAUUUGCGCACGUUCAAUAUCAACAGUCUAAUCAUAACCAUAACCAUAACCAUAACCAAAAUCACUCAAACUGCCAUUUAUGAGGCUCGACUUGGCACAAAUAUAAAGGGCACAAGGAGACCAGCUUCAACCUCAUCUUUCGCAGAAAAAUAUCCAUAAUUUUCUCCCAUAAAAGAAGGAGAAAAAUACUCAGCCAGCGGUUUCAACGGUCCUGCAUCUAUCAAUCAAUUACCCUUCAUCAACAUGUCCGAAUACUCUUCCACGCUCGAAGGCUUCCAGCGCGCUAUGGAGUGAGUCUUACUGGACCACCUGCGGAGGCAAAGCUCUAUGCCGAAAGUACCUCCCUACCCACAUUCCAUCAUGUGAUGAACGGACAGCGAUCAGACUUUGACGUCUUUGUAAAGGGAAUUGAAGAGUGGCGAGCUAAAAUUAGUGAAUACAACCAGUUGUGUAAGUAAUUGCACUGCCAUUCCCCCACGCCAGACGCAGCACGCAGUGUAGAACUACACAAGCUCAACGCAGACAAAUACUUGUAGCCAACGUGUAUAAUUUCUUCGCGAUGAGGACCGACUGGCGGCCCAUAUGACGGGAACGAUUAAGGUUGAUGGUGCAGAUACUGAAUUUGAGAGCUUUAUGUUUGCAGAAGUAGAUGAGAAGAGUGGAAAACUGGAAUGGAUGAUUGAACGAUCAAUUUGGGGACCUCAGGGCGGUGCACCUGAGCAUGGUGUUUAAUCAUGGUGAAAGAGGAUGCAUCGGAGGGCAGGAUAGAUGGGUUGUUUGUGUUGUUUGCUAGACUUGCUUGCAGCGAGAUUUGGUUAAUCCUAAGACAUUUGAUGAAAUAGUUGAACCUUGAACGUGAUUGUGAGGGUAAACGGGAUAGAGUCCCUAAUCCUCAAUCAAUCUACUUGUGAAAAAAGUAUAUCUCUGAAGCUUGAAAGUAGAUGUUUAUACCAUUACUUCCGUACGUAUGAACAGAAAAUAUCAAGUGUGGCUCCUAGAGUCUAGCUUAGUCAGCUAUGAAAUGGUUUACAGAAGUAAACUUUAUCAUCAUAUGUCCACUCCUCACAAAGUCAACACAAAGUCAAACAUCAGCAACGUCAAAUGUUCCUCUAAAUCUCCUUCAAGUUACAUAGAAGAGGGUUGCAUUUUACUUUACCAUAACGCCACAAUGUCUAUUUGACUUUAAUCUUGUUGUGGAAGAGCUUCGAUAUUUAGAAGUUCGCCUCGAUCAAUAUCACGCACGGUAUAUGUUUUAUAGCCAGCCGUGUUGUUGUGUUUAGUGCACUGUGGAAGCGAGGCUGAAAACUCAAUUACACUUGGUUGAUAAUCUUGACCUACAAUACGCAAGGGUUUUAUCUCGAUCAAGUUGAUUGAACUCGGACGUUAAGGAACAUUUCCAGCCGAGUAAUACCCAAACAAAGUAUUAACUUAAAAUCUGUCGUCAAGGAAGCCAGUUAACAUUGGAUAUAGAGUUUGAAUCAUUCAGUCCUUCCGCUUUAAUAACUCAUACUCAACAUGGCAUCGGUGCUGAAGUUCUUCCCCAACACCAGUGAGCCUUUUGGACCAUUGGUGAAUAUUAUGGUGCGCUUGCACGCUCUUGACGAAGUCAGGCUGAGAAAUAUUCGACGAGAUAUCUACGCACCAAGGAUCAAUGAUGAAAAUAUCCCUCAAUUGGAAAUCCUCCGUCAUUUGGGCACUUCCAAGAUUGAAUUUAUCAGGGAGUCGCUCUCUAACAUUACGCGAACACAGUCGAGAUUCGAAAUUGCACUCAGCAACCCAUUCCUUGUAGACAGGUCUAUUCAUUUUAGUCUAAACAUGUUAGCCUAUGCGCCUGACCUUAAGAUCAUGCGUAAAAGGGCUCAGGACACUUUAAAGGAUAUCGUUGUAAUCGACAAGAAGGAAAAGAUAUCUACCCAUGAACAUAUCUUUUCUGUUGAGAACUUCCAUUGGUCUAAGGACGUCAAGAUACUUUUGAAAAGUGCCAUUCCACCCGAAGAAAGAGAAAGUUGGUUGAAUCACGCAAAACAACAAUGUUAUAAGAGAUUGAAACCCGUGACCGCGACCGGGUUAACUUUGAUGAUAUUGAAGCGCCGAUAUCAUUAUGAGGGUUAUGACAGCCGUGGUGCAAUUUGGCGGAAUGUCACUAUCAGGGAAAUGCUUCAGUCAGAUAUCAUUUAUGAAGAAUUUCCAUUCCAAGGCAAGGGUCCAAUUAUAGCUUUUGAUCCCAACAGACGCUAGGGUCUUGCGAGGUAAGCUGAAUUUCAUGUAAUAGGUACUCUACAAGAUCAUUCUUUGCGUAUAAAAGUUCUGCUUUAUCAAAAUUUGUCUUCAUGAUUGGUCUCUUGUUUUCUCUGUGUUGAUUAGCACUGACAAUUCCAAAGUUUGAUGAUAUCUAAGACCUUGGCAAUCCCCAUUUUCCUCGGCUUUAGUUUACAAAAAGCUGGAAGUAGUCGCGGAAUGACAUGGUCUUUGUUCUUCUGGUUCAAUAAGUGUGUGGAUCGUGUUUGAAUAUAUUCUGCAGAAGAAAAACUCUAUCUUCUAAGUAGAUUGUAUGAGAAUAGCAAUUGGUGACUCUGACGUUCAUAAAUCUCAAAGUUCGAGGCUUUGGAUAGAAUCUCAGUCAAAAUAUCAUGGACAAAGCUAUGAGCAUCUUGAGCUGCGUUUGGGUAAGAAUUAAUGGAUAAAAGAGUUUCUACAGUGAAAGUGGGAAGAAAUGAUGACUGCACAUCUAUCAAUUGUUGAUGAAAAAUGAGCAAUAGAUA